AUGGUGGAGGACGUGAACGCUAUCAAGUCAUACAAUUGGAACAAUUUCACGUUGGGGGUGUGCAUGGAUGCUAUUAAAAAAAUGGUCGAAGAUCUUGAAAAAUUCAAGUGGCCUAUCGGGAACUUGGCUCUUCUUCAGUAUAUAUACUGGAAAAAAGUUGAGCCAAUUGGUUUGGAUACAUUUGAUCCUUUGUCUCGUGAAUACCCACUAAUGCUUAACUGGCCAGAAACGGAAGGGAAAAAGCGAGACGACUAUGACAACAUGCACGGGCGGGUCACCGGCAAUAUUGAAAACUGCAUUAGCGAAGAGUACAGACGUGCUAAGGUAGCACGUGAAGGGACUGUCCCAGAGGAAGAAAUGAAGAAACCUAAACGGAAAGGUGGUGGCAGGAGUAGAAAGCCAAGCAUGUCCGCGGUUUCAUCGAACACGACUUAUAGUAUGGACCGUGUGAUGACAUACAUAAAGCUGCUUCACAAGGAGGUUCUCAAUAUACCCGAAAGAUGUGCACAGAUGGUAAUGGAAAGGUUGAACACGGAAGGUGUGCUGUACAAACCCAAUAAGAGGGACAACAAUGACGAAUUUGAUAAUGUAGGUGAAGGAGUUGGGAUGGAGAAUGGCAAGUACAAGUCAUCAAAAUAUUGGCCAGAUAUUGAAUCACCUACGGACGUAAAGAUAGGAACAUCUUUCACGGGUAUGAAUGAUACCUCCGUGCCCGUUGAUGACACGGGUGCUCCGGCGACGACACCGGGUAAAGGUGAAGCUACUGAUCCUUUCAUUAUAGACGAUAAUGGAAACUCUCCAUCUUCGGCAUCAACUGUACGUACAAAAGACUUUCCGUCUAUGUCCCGAACCCCGCAGAAUGCUGAUAUUUCUGGUGAGUCUAUGGAUGCUUUGUCACCAACAAAGUCCGAAGACACGUUUGAGAGUUUCCCGGCAGAGAGCAACAUAGGUAAUGGUGAAGGCAGUCAGGAAAAUGAAGAUCUGUUUGCAUCAUCACCACAUUCAAUUCUAGCAAGUUCUCUUAAUAUGACUCCGGAUCACAUAGAGGCAGACAGAGUUUUUGUUGAGACUCUCGCAUCGUCAAAGAAGCAUGCACACCGAACCGUGGUUGAUGUGCCGCCACCAGAUGGGGACAUAUGCACGCCAGCUAUGCUUCACGAUGUCCUGACGUUUAAAUGGUUGAAUGGCGCUAUCAUCAAUGCAUAUUGUAAACACCUACAACACCGUGAUUUUUCUAAUCGUUACAUAUCAACAACGUGGUUCCCCAAAUUUAUGUUGAAUAGGGAAAGGGGAAAGACCAAGUCAGUAAAUGAUUUAGACUCAGAGAAUGUUACAAAGAAAACAAAAGUCCUCGCAAGAGUAAUGGAUGAGUAUUUCAGAUGGGACAAGGCGUAUUUUUCUAUGCACGUUAAUGAUAAUCAUUGGAUAACCAUAGUGAUGCACACCGUCAAGGAGGAGUUUCAAGUUCUUGACUCAAAUUCUAAAGGCGCAAUUAGCCAAAGAAUUCGCGAUAUGAUUGCCACCCUGAGAGCUGAAAUUUCUAAGGAUAUUAUGGAGGCCAACUCAACUCUUGAAGCAAAAAAAAUUCCAGAUGUCUCAUCGUGGCCAAUAAAUGAGUAUAAAAUGCCGAGACAAAAAGAUGGGGCGAUUCUGGUGGCAGCAGCGGCGCUGGAUCCGAUGAAGAUCGGCCUGGCAGCAUGA